GGGAACAUGAGCUGAGGAGAGAGAGGAGAGGGAGGGCGGUAGGAGCUGUGGUGGAGAGCUGGAACCCGGUGGCGGUGGCGAUGGUCAGGAUGGAGGAGGUGGCGGUGAAGCAGGGUUUCCUGUACCUCCAGCAGCAACAGACUUUUGGCAAGAAGUGGCGCCGGUUUAUGGCUGUGCUGUAUGGAGAGUCUAGUUGCUCCCUGUCUCGCCUGGAACUCCAAGAGGGCCCAGAGAAGUCCCGUCGAGGAGAGACCACCCGGAAGGUGAUCCGCCUAAGUGACUGCCUGCGGGUGGCUGAGGCAGGUGGGGAGGCCACUGGCCCCAGGGACACGAGUCCCUUCAUCCUGGAGACCAAGGAACGCCUGUACCUGCUGGCGGCCCCCACCGCAGAGCGUGAGGACUGGAUGCAGGCCAUUUGCCUCCUGGCCUUCCCCGGGCAGAGGACGGAGUCACCGGGGCCAGGGGGCAUGAGUGGCAGGCCCUGCAUGGAGGAGAAUGAAUUGUACAGAAGCUCAGCCACAGGGGUCUUCCUUAAGGAGUUUGCUGUGACCAUAAGACCCACAGAAGCCAGUGAGCGCUGUGGGCUCCGAGGGUCCUAUACUCUUUCAGCUGGAAAGAGUGCCCUGGAACUGUGGGGCGGCCCGGAGCCCCGCUCCCAGCUUUAUGACUGGCCCUACAGGUUUCUGCGGCGCUUUGGGCGUGACAAGGUAACCUUUUCCUUUGAGGCUGGCCGGCGGUGUGUCUCUGGAGAGGGCAACUUUGAGUUUGACACCCGCCAAGGCAAUGAGAUCUUCCAGGCCCUGGAAGAGGCCAUUGAUGCUCAGAAGCAUGCCACCCCUCUUGGGCCUGUCCCUCUGCCAACCACAGUGCCUGUGGUACCUGCCAAACUAUCCCAGUCAGAGAGCCCCUAUUCCCGGCCCCACGACUCGCUGCCCUCCCCUGCUGCAGGGACACCGCGGCCCCUGGGCCCCGAGGGGGAGUACGCAGUGCCCUUCGAUGCAGUGGCCCGCUCCCUGGAGAAGAACUUCAGGGACAUCCUGACAGGCCCCGCCCCAUUUGGGGCAGACCCACUGUAUGACAGCAUCGAGGAGCCAGUGGCUCCUCCCCACGACCACAUAUAUGACGAGCCUGAGGGCAUGGGCGCCUUGUCCCUGCACAACAGUCCGCGGGCGCCCCAGGGGGAGGUGUGGGAGAGGCAGGCCCCAAAGGAUGGGAGCCCCAGCGUCCUCCAGCAGGAGUCGUCUGUCUCUAGCUGGCCACAGGCAACUGAGUAUGACAAUGUUGUACUUAAGAAAGGUCCAAAGUGAUGGGGUACCACACUGAAGUGUACCCUCAGGGAGUGGAGGACAAACUGAGGAGGUGGAGGGAUGAUGGCUGUCUCCCCUUCCAGCUUCUGAUAGCGAGCCCUCUUGGUCACUGCAUUGGAGGCCUCUCCCUCUGUCCUUUCUGGGGCCCCAAGGCCCACUGAUGAGUCACCAGCCCAGAGCAGGAAGAACAUUCUCUAGAGACCCACCCUACUCCUCCUCCCUUUCCACUUCCUCCUCUUCCUCCCCCCUCCUCCUCUCCACCCUGGUUCCUUGACUUGGGCAGGCCUCCUGCCUACUGAUGUCCGUUUUGCUGGGCCAGCCUUGCUAAUGGUAACCAUGGGGGUAGCUGUAGCUUUCAGUGACUUCAGAUUUCUCUGCAGCAUUAAAACAUCCCUGAACUAUU